AAACACAAGUCCUUGUUCCUUCUUACAGCGAUGUUGAAGAAAAAUGUAAAAAUAAAAAGUAUGAAAUCAUUUUAAUUGGAGAAAGGAAAUGAGAAAAGCUUCAAAAACGACUCUGUAAAUCUUUGUCAGCUUCUGUAUGCAUACUUGGUCUUGCGGUGGCACACUGCUAAAGAAAAAUUAUUAAUUAAACUUUCGUGGAAAAAUUUUUCCUGGUCAACUCACGCGCUAGUUUUGCCCAUUUGUAAUUUCUUUUUCUUUUUCCGACAUAUUUUUAACGCGGAUCGGAUGUUACGCAGUGAAAAUCACCCCAAGCUAAGAAAUUUUCUUAUUCGAUUCAACAUUUUAUAAUCUUUUGAUUGUAUCAGGAAUCCCAUUUCUUGUUUUUAUCCUGUCCGCCUCGGUAGAUUGUGCAGUUUUUUGCCCUCUUCUUCUAGUGCGAUUUAAACUUAUUUUCGUGGAGUCUUUGAGCAGUGGCAUCGGAAUCGCUGGUCGUAUUUGGAGAAUAUUGAGUUGGGUUGGUAUAAAUGUUGCAAAGGUUUGACCUUUGACCUGUUGUUUGCGGAGUUUGGCAAUUAGAAAUAGAAAAAGGCUCUCGGCUUUUUCUCUAGUAUCUUCGUUGGGAAUGCUAUGAGAAGAAGGAUUGUGUGUUGUUGGGAAGAUGAAGAAUCAAGAAAGGAAAAGAGUGUUUUGUUUUGUGUGUUUUCUUGUGCUUUCAACUGUGUUAGUGCAAAGCAGGAUGGAGGAAGAAGAACCUUUGCUGGCUUAUCUAGUAGACUCGGGGCUCAUAAAUCUUGAGACGGGAGAAUUAUUAAGGGAAAAUUGUCUGCCUGAGUUGUUACAAGCCCAAAAAUCUUUACAAGAUCUUGAACUCCGUUAUGCAGAGAAGUCGAGUUAUAGCAGUGAACUUGUGAAUGUUAAAUCUUCGAGAACGCAAAUACAUCAAGCUGUUAAUGCCUUAUUACCUCAGGUUCAUCAAAUCCUUAUAGAUUGUGCAAGAGGGAAAAAUCUCAUGCUUCAUAAUGUGGGAGAAGAGAAGAGUUUGGGUUCUGGGUAUACCAGGUAUUUGAAAUUCAUGUUCAACCUGCCCUGGUCUUCUACGAGACGCAGGCUAGCUCAGACCUUUGGAGAAGCACCCGCUCCAUCGCCAACAAGUUUAUCACCUAGUCCAGCACCUUCAAUUCCUCUAGCUCCUACUAAUAAUCCAGCUAGUCCUCCUAUAUUUCCAUUUUUCCAUCCAGAUGUGAACUCCAAUUCACCGCCAACUAGGGGUGAACAAACUUCUGCUGGUGCUUCUAAUGAACAGUCGAGCAAUCAUAAGUCCAACAAGAAUACUGUUGUUAUUGCUGUUGUGGUAACAGCUUCUGUGACACUUGUCAUUGUUGCAGUGCUCUUUAUUUUCUGUCGCAGAUGCUGUGGGAUUUGUCCUGGACGGGGUAAAAAUGAUGAGAGGCCUCUUCUCAGCUUAAGCAUAAGCGACUAUUCUAUUUCCUCUCCACAGAAGUCAUUUGGUCUAGGAACUUCAGUGGAUGAACAAAAGCUUGGUAAUCAAUCAUUCAAUAGUAAAUUAAACCAUAACACAGUUGGGGGAAACUACUAUGGGGAAUCACAUUCACUAAGCAAUUCGAAAUUCGAGAUCCCAUUGGAAGCCAGGAAUGGGGUUGCUACCAACUUAGCUGGAAAUACUUUGCACGUACCACCUAGAAUGCUGGGUGAACCUGGUUUGCCUCCAUUGAGGCCACCUCCUGGAAGGCGAUAUCCUCCUAAACAACCUCCGGGCAAUGGUGCUGCUCCAGCUCCUACACCACUCACCGUCCCACCAAUGAAGUCUGCUGUUGGACCACCUCCUCCACCACCUGGACCACCUCCUCCACCUCCGGUAGCCCCUGGUGCAAACGCUGGCCCUCGUCCGCCACCCCCACCUCCUAUACCGUCUGGUGCCAAGGUUGGUCCUCGUCCACCUCCACCACCACCUCCAGGUCCAGGUGGGCCUCCACCUCGGCCACCACCUAUUGGCUUGAAACCCCCUCGACCUGUAGCUCCUGGACCACAUCCUCAAUCAGUUUCACCUCAAGAAAGUGAGGCUGGUAGCAGUAAAGCUAAAUUGAAGCCUUUCUUCUGGGACAAGGUACUGGCCAACCCCGAUCAUUCAAUGGUUUGGCAUCAGAUAAAAUCCGGCUCCUUCCAGUUCAGUGAAGAGAUGAUAGAAAAUCUAUUUGGCUAUGCUCCUGCGAAUAACAAGAAUGAAGCGAAGAAAGAGUCUUCGUCCCAAGAUGCUGUACCACAAUAUAUUCAAUUGAUUGAUCCCAAGAAGUCACAGAAUCUGGCGAUUCUACUUAAAGCUUUAAAUGUCACUACAGAAGAAGUUUGUGAUGCACUAGAAGAAGGUAAUGAGCUUCCAUCGGAAUUUAUUCAAAAUUUAUUAAGAAUGGCACCUACAAUCGACGAAGAACUGAAACUGAGACUCUUUGUUGGCGAGCUUUCUCUACUGGGUCCUGCAGAGCGGUUUCUGAAAGUGUUGGUUGAUAUUCCAUUUGCAUUUAAGAGGCUAGAAUGUUUGCUUUUCAUGAGCACUCUUCAAGAAGAGAUGUCAACGCUAAAAGAUUCUUUUGCAGUUUUGGAGGCUGCUAGUUCAGAACUGCGGCAGAGCAGAUUAUUUUUCAAACUCUUGGAGGCCGUUCUUAAAACCGGGAAUCGUAUGAAUGAUGGGACAUUCCGUGGUGGCGCGCAAGCAUUUAAACUCGAUACACUUCUCAAGUUAGCAGACGUGAAAGGAACAGAUGGAAAAACUACACUGUUGCACUUUGUCGUCCAGGAAAUAAUCCGAUCUGAAGGCAUAAGAGCUGCUCGAGCAGCAAAAGAGACGCGGAGCAUGUCCAGUGUCAUGUCUGAUGAUUCAGUCGAGGAUUCCUCUAGUCAAGCCUCGGAUGAGCAUUUGAGGAGCCUCGGCCUCCAGGUGGUCUCUGGCCUGAGCAAUGAGCUCGAGAAUGUCAGGAGGGCCGCACUACUGGAUAAUGACAACUUAACAGGAACAGUUGCCAAGCUUGGCCACUCCCUUGAUAAAGCUCGGAAUAUUCUGAGAUCCGAAAUGAAGAAUCUACCACCAGAAAAUGGCUUCCACCAGACGUUGAGGAGCUUUGUGCAGAAUGCUGAGGUUGAUGUGACGUGGUCACGCGAAGAAGAGAAGCGGAUAAUGGCAUUAGUGAAGAGUACUGCAGACUACUUCCAUGGAAAUUCCGGGAAGGACGAGGGUCUGAGAUUAUUCAUCAUUGUUCGCGAUUUCCUUAUAGUUUUAGAUAAAGUAUGCAAAGAAGUAAAAGCCUCACCACUCAAGUCGAGUAGAACACCUAGGAAUGAAGAUGCAACGGCUGCUCCUCCUGAUCCGAGACAGACUCCUACACCAGAUCCUAGACAGCGCCUCUUCCCAGCCAUCGCUGGUAGGCGAGUAGAUGCUUGGAGUUCAGAUGAAGACGAAUCGUAGAAAUAUCGCCAUGCGGCUUCGACUAUGUUUUGGCCAGGUUGGAGCUUCUUCAGUUGGAAAUCUAUGAUCUUCAACUCUCUUAACUUUUUCAUUAUUCUUUGUUCCUUUCUCUAUUUUGUUUAUAGCCCUUUUGAUUUGUUAUUGACUUUGACUAUUCUCAAGUAGGCAGUAAAUUAUUCUCACAA